GGGGGGCGGGGCGCGGCGGCGGCGGCGGCGGAGCCGGUGGGGCCGGGCGGCCCCGAGGCCGCGGGUCCCCCCGUGGCCAGGACGGAGCCAGAGGAAAUGGAAGCCCCGGGAUGCACCGGCUCAGAGUGGCUGGUGGUCCCCAAGGCGGAGGUGACCCCCGAGGACGGCAGGGAUGAUCCGGGGGACGCAGGGCUCCACGGCUCAGGGCAGUGGGUGGUGCGGAAGGUGAAGGUGGAGGAGGAGGAUGAGGCCGAGGCCUGGGCGGCCGCGGCCGGCGCUGGAGCCCCGCUGGCCCUGCCCGGUGCCUUCCCCGGCGGCUGCAAGGCGGAGGAGCCGUGCCCGGAGGAGCCGGGCUACGGGCUGCUGCCAGCCUGGGCCCCCGGCGGCAUCGGCCUCGCGGCGGGCACCGGGACGAGCCCCGGCCCCGGCGGCGGGCGCUGCUCGCAGCCCGGCGCGCGGCCCUUCUGCUGCCCGCAGUGCGGCAAGGCCUUCGGCAAGAAGGCGCACCUGACGCGGCACCUGCGGGUGCACACGGGCGAGCGGCCCUUCCCGUGCCCGCACUGCGGCCGCCGCUUCCGCCAGCGCAUCCACCUGCGCUCGCACCUGCGCACGCACACGGGCGAGCGGCCCUACCCCUGCCCGCGCUGCGCCCGCCGCUUCCGCAAGAAGACGCACCUGGACCGGCACCUGCGCACGCACACCGGCGAGCGCCCGCACCCCUGCCCGCGCUGCGCCCGCCGCUUCGCCCACCGCCAGCACCUGCUGCGGCACCUGCGCCUGCACGGCGACCCGGCCCACGGGCACCGCCAUGGGCACGGCACCGCCGAGGAGCCGCCGCCGCCCUGCCCGGGCUGCGAGAUGAGCCGCGCCUGGCAGCAGCACGCGGCGCCGCAGCCGGGGCUGCCCGCGGCACCGGUGCCGGGCGCUGGGAACGGACACGUGGAUGAGCAGCGGGACGGGGACAGGGACAGGGACAGGGACAGGGACGGCCUGGCCGAGGAGCAGCUGCUCAUCUGCCCCCAGUGCGGCACGGGCAUCGCCUGGAAGCAGAACUCGUCGUCGCACCUGUGGCAGCAGCUGGAGAGCCAGGCCCUGGGCUGUGCCCAGGACCCCCAGCAGGAGCCCGGAGCCCAGGACCCCCCGCAGGUGCCCACGGCCGAGCCCCCCUUCGUGCAGGACCCCCAGCUCCUGUCACAGGCGCCCGGUGCCAACCGCAGCCACGGCUGCGCCCCGGACCCCCCGCCCCUCCUGCAGCCCCCCCAGGUGCCCGGCGCCCAGGACCACCAGCCCCAGCCGCCGGUGCCCGGUGCCAAAAGCAGCCAGGGCUGCGCCCAGGACCCUGAGGACGCCCCGCAGGUGCCCCCCGCCCAGCGCCCCUUCACCUGCCCCCAGUGCGGGCGCGGCUUCGGGCGCAAGGCGCACCUGGCGCGGCACCUGCUGGUGCACUCGGGCACGCGGCCCCACGCCUGCGCCCGCUGCGGCCGCCGCUUCAGCUCCAAGACCAACCUGGGCCGGCACCAGGCCGUGCACACCGGGCUGCGGCCGCACCACUGCAGCCGCUGCGGCCGCGGCUUCACCCGCAAGACGCACCUGGAGCGCCACGAGCGCACCCACGGCACCGGCACGGGCACGGGGAUGGGCACGGGGACGGGCACUGCCACCGCUGCCACUGGCACCGCCGUCACCGGGUCCCAGCUGAGCUGGCCAGAGCCCCCCACACUCCGCCCCUGAGCCCGGAGGUGCCAGGCUGCAGUGGGUGCCGGUGGUGAAACCUUGGCACUGGCGUGUCAGGAGGUGCCGGGAGGUGCCACGGGCCCUGAUGGCUGCUGGUGGUGGGUCCUGGCACCGGGAUGUGCCAGGGGACCCGGCGGCUGCCGGGGCUGCAUCCUUGGCACUGGGCUGUGCCGGUGCCGGUGGUGACCCCCGGCCCUGGAAUGUGCCAGGACACGCCGGUGCCACAUCCUGAGCGCCGGGCUGUGCCGGGGGCCCCGGCAGGGGGGUCCCACAGGGUCCCGGCCCGUUCUGCCGCCGGAGAGCCCCGGUGAGGGGGGACCCGGGGGUGUCCCCGCGCGGCGCGGCCGGGGCGGGGCGCGGGGUGACCCCAAUAAAGCCGUUUUUA